CCUUUAUAAAAAGAGUGUUCAACAGAAUAUUUUAACUUUCUUCUUCACUACCUUUUUUCUUCUUCUUCUUCUUUUUAAACAUGAAUGUCUCUGCUUUACUUAAUCCUGUAACUCAUGGUCAUCGUUCAAGAUGUGUUUCCAGCCCCGUUCUGCCUGUUCAUAACCGACAAAAACAACAAAAUCAUCAGCAGCAGCAAAUGAUGGAAGAUGAUCAUCUUGGUGGAGGAGUGGGUAAACCCAGAAGUCGAUUCUCAGAAUACGAAGACAAUAUCAUCCGCAAUGGUGUUGCUCAACGAUUAACAUGGGGUCAAAUAUCCGAUCUGUUACCUCAUCGCAAACGAGCCACCUGCUUUAACAGAUACAGAACAUUGCAAGGUAUUCGUAAAUCACGUAAACAAAGCUCGGAAGCAGGCUCACCCGUCAUGACAUGUUCACUAUCCACAUCUUCUUCUUCAUCAGCCAGUCCAUCUAGCCCACUCCACUCACACUUUCAACAUCAACAACAUCAACCUAUUGCAGCCUGUUUGGCACUACCACCGUUAAUGACAAACAGUUGGUCAACUGACAUCAUUUAUCCCAUGAACAAUUAUCAUUAUGCAGAUAUACAGAAUAGCAGUAGCUGUGAUUCUUCUUCCGAUGAAGAAGAUCAAUUGAUCUCUCGCAUUUCCUUACCCGCGAUAACAAGACAACCUUAUUACAAUCUGUAAAUACCCCCACCCUUAUUCUUAUGCUUCUCUUUCUUUUCUGUAUUACUUUUUUUUUCUAUCCCUUUUUAUCACCACUUUAUAUUCCCCCAUCAAAACUCCAAUAUAUAUAUUAUGCCUUU